GCGAACAACUUUCGGUGGGUGUAAAGAAAGAAGAGACAGCUAACUGGCGAAAGACAGAGAGAGAGAAAGAGAGACAUUGCAAGUUGAACGAUGCUGAGCUCUCUGGACGCGCUUGCCGGUAAAAUAGCCAAAGCGACGCCGGGCACAGGCGCCGUGGCGGCCAGCGCCAAUGGCAAUAAGCCAACAAAUAAUGCACAUCAUCCAGCGCAUCAGCAUCAUCAUCUGCAUCAUGGGCAGCGACAUCAUCAGCUCGAUUAUGAUUAUUCCGCUGUGGAAAUUGAACCGCCCGCCGAACAAUUGGCAAAUUCACCGCGAAAUGAACGCGAACGUUUGCAGCAAGCUCAACACGCCUACGAACAGCAAGCACAGGCUGAAUUGGAAUUUGGGCUGGCGGAUGUCGACACUAAAAGUUGUCUAACACUCUUGAGUCAUCGGCGUAGCAGCAACAAUAUGCAUACACUGGCGACGGGCAAAGCAACGAGUAAUGGUGGCAAUGGUGGUGGAACAACAACAACAACAACAGGAGUUGCGACCAGGCCGCAACACUAUCAUCAUCCCUAUCAGCGUCCAUUGCGACCAGUUUCGCCAGUGGUGCAACAGCAGCAACAACAGCAAAGUCAACAGCAGCAGGCAUAUCAACAGCAGUUAUCACAUUUGGCAGCGCUGCAAGAUCAUCAUCAGGAGCUGCUGCAAACGCAACAGGAAUUGUUUCACAAGCAGCUGAUCAAUAUGCAACAGCAGCAGGAGCGUGAGCGACAAGCGUCGGUUAAUUUUAAUGAUAGCUGCAACAGUGAUCACGACUCACAGCAAGAGUACAAAAUUUGCCUGAGGGAUAGUGCAUUUGGUAUGAGCGAUAAGAGCAGCAGCGCAACCAACAGCCUGCCAAAUAGUCCAAUACAUAGCAACAACAACAAUUCAUCACUGCUCAACAACAACAACUCGAGCUUGGUGGGCAGCAAUAAUUCGUUGAGUGUCAUUCCCUUUGGCAGUGCCAGCAAUAAUAACAACAACAACAUGUCAAGCGGUUUACUGAGUAACAACAACAACAACAGCAGUAACAAUAACAACAACAAUCCAUGCAGUGCCAAUCGUAAUGUUGUCAGUAUGGAUGAUGAUUCAUGCUUUCGCCUCGACUCGGACACAACAGUUGUCACCUAUGGCGAAAAGGAGCCCGAUCCCGAUAACAUCAAGAUGUUUGUGGGCCAAGUGCCCAAGAGCAUGGACGAGGCGCAACUCCGUGAAAUGUUCGAAGAGUACGGACCGGUGCAUUCGAUCAAUGUACUGCGCGAUAAGGCAACCGGCAUUAGCAAGGGUUGCUGCUUUGUGACGUUUUAUACGCGACGUGCGGCACUAAAAGCUCAGGACGCUCUGCAUAAUGUGAAAACGCUGAAUGGGAUGUAUCAUCCAAUUCAAAUGAAACCCGCCGACAGCGAGAAUCGCAAUGAACGCAAGCUCUUUGUGGGCAUGCUAAAUAAGAAGCUGAACGAGAACGACGUGCGCAAACUAUUUGAAAUCCACGGUGCCAUCGAGGAGUGCACAGUGCUGCGGGAUCAGAACGGUCAGAGCAAAGGUUGUGCCUUUGUCACAUUUGCCACCAAACACGCCGCCAUAGCGGCCAUUAAAGUUACUAUGAAUCAGAAUAAAAUCAUGGAGGGCUGCACAUCGCCGUUGGUUGUUAAAUUUGCGGAUACGCAAAAGGAGAAGGAGCAGAAAAAGAUUCAACAGAUACAGGCAAAUCUAUGGAAUUUGGCCACAAACAUCAAUAUACCAUUGGGACAGACGGCGACCAGUGUGUCGACACCGAUACUGCCAAACCCACCGCAACAGCCGUCCCCAGUGAUGGGAGCCGAUGCUCUAACACCUGCCAGCAUUCAAUUGCUUCAGCAGCUACAGACAGUCGGACUGCAUCAACAGCUGCUGCAAGCACUCACUGGUUUGGGUGCUGCACAGCAAAACAAUUCGACGCAGGACACGACGAGUGCGGCUGCAGCUGCCGGCUUACUCAAUCCACUUUCCGUACAAAAUCUGGCUGCCAUUGCCGCCAUGACGCAGCCGAGUCUAUCGAAUGCUGCCACCUCGCCGGGCAGCGCGCAAUUGACCAACACUGCGGCACUUUUGUGGUCUGAUCCGAAUCCAUUGGCAUCGGCGUAUAUGUCAACAGCCGCUGGUUUACCGCAAUUUGGAAGCACCACAGCACUGUCCACCUCCCCGUUGGCCAGCGUUGCGUUGAGCGCUGCUGCGGCUGCCGCUGCGGGCAAGCAGAUUGAAGGUCCUGAAGGCUGCAAUCUGUUCAUUUAUCAUCUGCCACAGGAGUUCACUGAUACCGAUUUGGCCUCCACCUUUUUGCCAUUUGGCAAUGUCAUCUCGGCCAAGGUGUUCAUCGAUAAACAGACUAGUCUAUCCAAAUGCUUUGGAUUCGUUUCCUUUGACAAUCCAGAAUCGGCACAGAUGGCCAUAAAGGCCAUGAAUGGCUUUCAGGUGGGCACGAAACGUUUAAAGGUGCAACUCAAGAAGCCCAAGGAUGCCUCGAAGCCCUAUUAAAGAAAGCAAACAAAAUAAAUGAGAAAAAAGAGGAGAGAAAUUUCUACAAUUAACAACAAGCCACAACAACAAUAAGAAAAUGAAGAAGACCAACGAGAAGAAGAUCAAUACAACAAUAGCUAAAAGAGCAACAAGAAAUGUAUUUUUUUUUUUUUAUUAUUGAAUACACCAACAACAAAAAUUUGUCAAAUGGAAAGAAGUCCAAUGAAUCGAGUCAACCGUGUGGAGCGCGCGUGUUUAAAGUAGAACCAAACAAGUCAAGAACCCUACGUUGUACGUAUUUCCCCACUUCAAUUUCACACCCAAAAAUAAAUAGUUACCGAAAAAAAACAAAAAUACUUUUGAAAAAGUUAUGAAUUUGUGCCAAAAAAUAAACCAAUUUUGAUAUAGCACGUUAAAUGUUGAAGUAAAUCCAAAUCAAAUCGAUACCUUUAGUGAUUAGUUUAGCGUUUAGUUUUUGCGCCUGUCUCGCAGUUUAGUUUGUCAAACAGUUUUUGUUUGUUUACACGCCUUGAAGUUUCUUUCACACACUGAACGACACACUUGUUAAUCCUUUUUUUAAGCUCUGUCGUAUAGUAAUAUAUAUCAAUGCACAUAUAUAUCUAUCUAUCUAUUUUUAACAAAUCUUUUUUUGUACACUUUUCUAUCGAAAUUACAUGACAUCUGUUUAAAGUGUUAGCUCUUAAGUUUUUGAUAUAAAACAACAACGAAAACAUAACCAAAAAUCACCCCAAAAAAAAAAAAAAAAAAAAGAAAAAAAAGUAAAGAAACGAACCCAUUUUAAAUGAUCCGCACUUGUCUCAUGUUUCAUUUGUACAUCUCAUGUUGCAAGUCACAAGUUUUGAACGUUGAAAAAAACACCAUCUGAAGUUCUCUAUAUACUCUAAACAUAAAUAUCUUUAUAUAUAAACAUUUCUUUAUAUCUACUCGUUUUGUUAAAUGGAUUUUCACAUUUUAUAUGCUGAUGCGUAUAUAAACUAUAUAGUACAUAUAUAUCUCUAGUUGUAAUGCUUAAUUUGAUUUGUUAAAAGCCAACAUUUUUAUUUGUACUGAAUGAAAGAAAAUAAUGUUUUUGUUUAUACUUAUCAUUAUUAUUAUUAUUAUUAUUAUAUAUUUUGUUUAGUUUUUAAUUAAUUAACUCUAUCACUCGAACCAAUGAAAUCAUAAUCCAAAAUCAAACUGAAUAUUUCUUAUUAUUUUUUAUUUUUACUUUUUAUAUAUUGAAUUUUUUAUUUUUAUUUUCAUUUUUUCAUUUUCUUUAUGCUUUAAUUUCUGGUAUUAUAACUGUAGCAUUGCUUUUGGCCGCGCAAUUUGAUUGUAAACUUAAUGUCCAAAAUCAUAAUAAUAUAUUUUGUGGUAAAUUACUUAGUAUCAGCUACAAACUUUUGUUUAUGUAAACUACACACAACACACACACACACACAUUGAAUUCACAUAUACGUACUCACACUUGCAUAAGCUCACACACAUACAUACACACACAUUUAUACGUACAUCUAUAAAUAUCUCUAAAUAAAGUUUUGUUUUCUGUUUCAAAAUGCA